GUUGGGCCAGAUGGUAUGUGUCCGAUUUGCAAGGCGAACCCUCCUCCAGAUGGGGAGGUGCUCCUCUGCAAUACGUGCGCUAGUCCGUGGCACAUGGGGUGUUUGAAACAGCCUCUCUUGGAGGUGCCGAUGGCUGAUUGGCAGUGUCCCGACUGCAGUCUGCCAGCAGACUCUGCGUCGCGUCCUACCAUCCCUUUAUCGGUAUCCGGACAGGGGAAUGGGGUAUCUGAAGGUGGGCUGGUCGCUCAGAUCUUGGCCAUCCAGAACGAUCCGAGUCUCACGGAAGAGGAGAAGGCGAAGCGGCGCCAAAAGCUCAUGUGUGCUGGGAUGAAAGCUGUGGGAAAGGAUGCAGAUCCCAUGCAGGGAUCGAUUCCGUCCGAGAAGAGGAAGAGGAGGAACGUGAACGACGACGACGAUAAAGAGAAUGAUGGGGACAGGGCUGCGAAGAAAAGAAAGAACAGCGGGAACGUCGCGAAGCACGUCACGCCUCUAGGUGAGAGUAACGGUGAUGUCAACAACGCACGUACGUCUAAUGCCACAUUAGACGCUUUUGAUGAGAACUUGAAGUGCAGCUUCUGCAUCAAUUUGUGCGACCGACCAGUGACCACUCCGUGUGGUCACAAUUUCUGCCUGAAAUGUUUCGAAAAGUGGAUCUCUCAAGGCAAACGAACGUGUGUAAGGUGCAGAGCUAGCUUGGAUAGAUUUGCGAGCAAUUUUCGGAUUAACUCGGCGUUGGUAAUCGCGAUAAGGAUGGCGAAGAAGGCAGCGGAGGCAAGGGCGACGGGAGGGGGGGGAGAAGCGCGGACCGCAACGCCGAGGGUCUAUCAUAACAUAGAGAAUGCGAGUCGGCCGGACAAGGCUUUCACGACGGAGAGGGCUUGUAAACCGGGCAAGGCGAACGCUUGCAGCGGGCGAAUCUUCGUGACCUCUCCGGCAGAUCACUUCGGACCCAUAACUCCGGAGUUCGAUCCGGAAAGGAAAACGGGGGUGUUGGUAGGUGAGUCGUGGGAAGAUAGGAUGGAAUGCAGACAGUGGGGGGCGCAUUUGCCUCAUGUAGCGGGGAUAGCUGGUCAGAGCGAGGUCGGCGCGCAGUCCAUUUGCUUGUCUGGUGGGUACGUGGAUGACGAGGAUCAUGGGGAGUGGUUUUUGUACACGGGAAGUGGGGGGAGAGACUUGAGUGGAAACAAGCGCACGAACAAUGUUCAGUCUUUCGAUCAAGACUUCGCGAAGCUGAACCAGGCGUUGCUGGUGAGUUGUAGGAAGGGUCUUCCCCUUCGAGUAAUCAGGUCUCACAAGGAGAAGAGAUCUGCGUACGCGCCUAUCACCGGUGUGAGAUAUGAUGGCAUCUAUCGUAUAGAGAAGUGUUGGCGGAAGAAAGGCGAUCAGGGCACGCUGAUGUGUCGUUAUCUCGUUGUUCGUUGUGACAAUGCGCCCGCUCCUUGGCUCAGCGACGAGCAGGGAGAUCGGCCCCGUCCCUUGCCGGUGGUUCCUGAGCUCAAGGCAGCUCAGGACAUUACUCAGAGGAAGGGUCAGGCUGCUUGGGACUGGAAGGAGGAUCAGCAAGAGUGGGGUUGGGUGACCCCACCUCCACGGAGUCGCUUCGAAGGUGGUGGAGCUCGUCCCAAGAAGACGGAAGGCGCCAUCCGGAAGAAGGAGCUCAGCUUCCAUAAGAGGUUGUUGAAGGAGUUUGGGUGUGGGAUUUGCAAGAGCGUUCUCCAGUCGCCGCUGUGCACUCCGUGCGGGCACAACUUCUGUAAACCGUGUCUCGAGUACUUGUUUCUUGGUCUGGAGGAUGUACGCGUACGUGGUCGGCCUGGCGGCCGCACUUUGCGCGCUCAGCGCGUCGCCAAGCCUUGCCCCACGUGCAAAGCCGAUCUCGCUGAAUACCUUGUCAAUCCGCAAGUCAACCAUGAGAUGGAGGGCAUCAUCCGUGCGUUAUCUCGUUCUGAUGCUGAGAAACCUGAUGCUGCAGGAGAGGGGAAUGAUGACGACGAGGCAACGGAAGACAAAUCGGCGGCAGGCGAUUAUCCGGAGAUUACUCCGAGCUCCGCGGAGCUCGGUAUCAUUGACGGAUCGGUCGAACUUGAUAGGGGCGAGGAUGAUGACGUGAAGGAUUCUGAAGCCGAAGUUGGUCGUCAGGACUGGUUGGAAAAGGAAUCGGCUGAACCCACUCGUCUCAAAAGAAUGAAACGAGAGCACGAGUCUGAGAUUUCACAUUGUGUACUCGUUAAUCAGCAGUCACGUAAUGAUUGUGAUCUUGCAGUCGAGAUAACUCCCAAGGAGGACGUUGCAGCAGAGGGAAAAUUGCAAGAACAGGCAGUUCAGAGGAUCGGAUGUGGAACUUCAGCUGCAUCUGAUCCUUAUGGAGACGGCUCGUUGAAUACUGCGGUCGUUGGUCAAGCAGGUGCGGGACCAACAGAAGCAAUGGCGAGUGCCAAAGAAGCAGCUUCUCCGCUUUCUCCUCCUGAGGUUAUUACUGAGGAAGCUGUGCUUCGGGAAACGGGAGGUCAAUCGACGACAAAGCAAGAGGAUCAGCGGAGUCUUUCCGAACGUGAAGGCCUUCUCAAGCUAUUGCAGGAGUACCCAGCAUUCGAACGCGGAUUGCUGGAAGGUAUGCUUGCAGAUCAAGAAGGUGACAUCAAGACGGUGACGGCUAUGGUGCACGCCAUGAUGAAGGUGAAUACUGCCCCGCGGAAUGUAGUGCGCGGUUCUGACGCUUCUGGUUGUCCCUCUGAUCCUUCUGCAGUUGCUGGUGGAGUGCCAACGAGCUUGAGUGGACCUGCGGCUCGGCAUCUUUCUGUUCCCGAGCCGGGGGCGUGCCCACCAGUCCUUGGUCGUGCCAGGCUUAACACAGUCGAAGGGCGGGGAGGGAGGGGUAGGAAGGGCAGGAACGCGAAGAACAAUAGGUCGCUCAGCUGUGUACAUGGAGAUGAGAACUGUCCUCCUGGCGGCGUCGACGUAUUCGAUGUGGACGUGUUUGUGAAUUGUGAAGAAGACAAGGAGAACAUCUUUCGAUCAGCCAACGGUGCAUUGUCACCCAAUGGCAGGGCACCGGAUGUUCUGCAGAUGCGCGCCAGUAAUAGACGAGUCGGUGGUGUUGACAAAGGAUCGAACAUGCAGGUUCUGGACCCGCGGGAAAACAAGCGUAGAACCAGGGGUAGCCUGUUUGCAGAUGCAGAGGAGCAGAAGAAAGAGCGAAAUGCGAGGAAGAGAUCGAGAGAAUCCAAGUUUGGAAAAGAGGGAUCCGAAUCGGAAAACCCGCGGACUCCACCUGGACGGGUGUUACCCUCGCGUCUUCCGAAGGGUAGCCGGCCAGUUCAGUCGUCUCCGCUCGCCGUUCUCAACAACAUCAGGCACACCAUUGAGAUCGAUUCGGACGGCGACUUCCAAUGAGACAUCGUUGUCAACGUCCUCGUCUCUAACUUGCUCUCCAUUCUCUUCGGAGGAAUUUCCAAACAUCGGCAUUGAGAUGAAGUGAA